AUGCUGUACUCGCUGCCGCCGUCGUCGCAGUCGAAGCGCGCGGGCCCGGACACGCCGCCGCAGGGCGCGACGCCGGAGCACUCGGAGGAUGACGACGCCGACGCCGACGCGCGCGGCGGCGGUCGCCGCGCGGGACGCUCCGACUCGAGCAAAGCGUCCGAGGACACGACCGAGGACGUCGCGGCGGCGGCGAAGGAAGAGUCGGAGGACAACGCAGAGACGAUUCACGCGAAGAAGACGGGCGCGCGCAGCGCGCGACGCGGUUCCGGUUCCGCCGCGAAGAAGGGUAGCGUCGGCGUCGGCGUCGGCGUCGGCGUCGGCGUCGGCGCCGGCGCGGAGAAAAAGCGGAAGGCGGCGACGACGAGCCCCGCCGCGAAGACAGAACGCGACGCCGACGCCGACGACGACGACGCGGAGCCCGACGCGGACGCCGCGGAUCUGCUCAUGAACCUCCUCGACCCGUCGCACUCGGAGGAGAACCUCGGUAAUAAGAACGACCCUAAGAGACGCAAGAACGCGCACCACGCGGGCGCGACGGCGAGGGACCGAGACGCCAAGCCGGCGUCCAAGGAGGAGGAUCUGAUUCGAAACCUCGACCUCUGCGGCGCGGUGAACGGCGCCGCGCGGCACGCGAUGGACGUCUGGCAGCGCGAGGACGCGGCCGUGCGCGGCGCGGUCGGGCACUUGGAGACGGCGGCGGCGGCGAACGUCGGCGACGCGAUCGAGAAGCUCGCCAAGAUGGCGGAGUCGUCGUCGUCGGAUGCCGCGGCGGCGGACAAGAAAGCGGUCACGGCGGUCAAGUCGGCGCUCGAGGCGCAGGCGCUGGUCAUCAACGCGCUCCUCGCGGACCGCGAGGAGCGCACCCGCGCGAUGCACUACCUCGGCGAGACCGCGGAGGUGGUGGCUGGCGUCGCCGUGGAGAGGCUGCGCAGGAGCGAGGUGCACGUGCGGUCGGCGAGGCGGACGAUGGACAAAUUCCGCGAGCAGAUGAGCGGGAUGUUCGACGCCGCGACGCGGUGGCGGUGAGCGGCGAGGUGAGGCGAGGCGGCGGCGUCUGCCGUUCCCGUUCUUCUCGAGAGAAAGAAUGGGUGUACUAUUAAUUACAAACGAUGAGGGCCGAAGGUCUGUUC